ACAAGGCUUUUAACAGUGUAAAAUAAGUACGCAUUAACGCGAAAUGUUAACUGAUAGAAGUGUGAUGGGCUUUUCCUUGUUACUAUAUCAGAACUGUAUCAGUUUAAACCUAACGCGAAUGAUUCAUGGAAAGUGAAAAAUGUUUAGAUUUACCAAGUUCUUCUUUAGCCGUUCUGUUACCGCGUGUUAUUUCAGUUAUUUAUUGCCGAAAGUGAAGCAUGCAUUGUGUUUAGUGUGACAUUCUACAUUAAAAAAAAGUUGUACAGUAUAUGAAAAUUCUGUUGAAUUCAGUUCGAAGCUAACAACACAUUUAUUUGGGAUAUCUAUCGCUGAACAGCAAAAUGUCUUUUGGCGACUAUUUGAUUGUCAUGACUAAAUCCUACAUAAUCAUAAUGAAUCGGGAAGAGAACCUUUGCUGGUUUCACGGAAAAGUGUCCCGAGAACGGGCAGAGGAAAUACUUCGUCAAGAAGGAGGCGAUGGAGUUUUUAUGGUGCGGGAAAGUAGUUCUUCCGAUGGAGAUUUUGUACUUUCGGUGUUGUUCCAAAACGAAGUCGUUCAUUACCAGAUACGACGUCACGGAGACGAUGCAUUUUUCUCAAUCGAUGACCACACACCAAUUCACGGUCUAGAUUCGCUAAUCGAGCAUUACAGGGAAUCGGCUCACGGAUUAGUAACCCGUUUGCAAGCUAUUUGUCGAUGUUCUCCACCGCCAAACGAUGUGCGGAGCCACGGAACGACUAACCUGCUACACCGAGCAACGAAAGAAUGCAACUACACGAUCGUAUCCGAAUUAUUGAAAUGUGGGUACAGGAACAUUGAUUCGAAAAAUCAAGACGGACAAACUGCUGUGCAUUUGGCAUGUUUGCAUGCUGAAGCAAGAAUUCUGGAGAAAUUGAUCGAAAGGGGCUCCAACAUCAAUAACAGAGAUGCACAGGGAAACACCCCGUUGCAUUAUGCAUGUCGUAAAAACGGUGACAUCGAAAUGGUACGCUUGCUAAUUAACGCUGGUGCCAAUCCUCAAGCUCGAAACAAAGAUACGGGAUGGGUGCCGCUUCAUGAGGCAGCUGCGAAUGGUAAUCUGGACGCUGUUAAAGAACUACUAUUCAACCAUGUUCCCCAUAUGCCUCGAUCCAGUUACGGAGAGCUACCUGUAGAUUUGGCAAAAGACAACGGCCAUUUUUCAACCGUCGACUAUCUGAACAAUUAUGAUCCUCCGCUUCCAACGACUCACCGAAGUCAAUGGUAUCAUGGAACGCUUGACCGACAGGUGGCCGUUGAGUGUUUGAAGGAACAUGCACAAAAACUAGUACCUCAUUGCUCUGGAUAUGAGAACAAAGAAAAUGAGGUGAAAUUAGAAGAAAAACAUAUCGAUGAUGCAUCCGGAGUAUAUUUGGUACGAUAUUCUACAAAGCACGGUGUAGAUGUAUUGACACUACUUUUUGAUGGCGAAGCAAAACAUUUUAUAAUUCAAAGAAAACAGAGCUAUCUCUUCAUUGAUGAUGGCCCUUACUUGGUGUCUUUGGAAAACCUUAUAGAACACUACAGUCGAUUCUCUGAUGGUCUCCAAAUCAAUCUGAAAUAUCCGGUGCCUCCAAAACCUAAGCCACCAAUUCCAUUGUUUUCGACUAUUCCUAAAAUGAAACGUCAAGCAAUCCACAUUGCAGAAUCCGUGUCACCACCAUCAGCACGAUCAAUUUUGGCCAGUAAUGGGACUACCUCUUUUACCCGUAAAUCGAGUGACAACAGUCUAACGAAAUUGCAACACCCGCCAGUCCCGGUGCGCAACUUAUCAGUUCCAAAUGAAAUCAUGCUACAGCAAAUGAACAAAGUUGGUCUCUUCGAGCAUAGUCCUGAGCGAGUUUCCUCUCCAAAGACAUCGCCAAACAUUGACGAGAGUAAAUCGAAACCGAGUAGUUCAACAUUGAAAAAGAAAAAGAACAUCAUAAUAGAUGGUAUGAAGAGUUUUCGAAAAAAUAAGAUGAAACCGAUACCUCCCACAGAUCCGGAUAGUCAGCUCAACAGAAACAGCUUGAUUGAAGAGGUCAGCGCAUCAAAGUGCUUUAAACAGCUCCAAUUUACAUCAGUGUUUUCACUACCAUCUGCAAAACCGCUGGAUACAUCAGGCGAACUGUACAACACACCGAGCAACAAUUGUGCCAUCGUGGAUAUUGAUAUUGGCGAACCCCCUGCUCCUUCCAGCCAUUUCGUGGACAGUAUUAACAAUAACGGAUCCCCUCUACACGGUGUCCUCGGUCCACGUCGGUCAUCCGAAGCAACCGGUAUCGACGAUACCCCGGCAGCGACCGACUAUUUUACAGAAAGUGAUAAAAAUAUUUUUACUGAACAGCAAUUGGACAAUAGUACCGAGGAAAUAUACUUCAUCGAUGUUCCUCCAACGGUACCCGCGCCAAAUCUUCCGCAGAUUGUGUCAACAAACAGUAGCAUGCCUCUUAUGAAGCCAGCCUUGCCACCACCAGUUAGCACCACUACCAACUAUAUUCCAACUCGAAAUGUUCCCGUCUUCAGUAGCCUAUCGAUGGAGGAAUGUACAACCCCAACAAGUCCUAACUUAUUCCGACAGGGCGGUCCCUUUGAGCGCUUAGACUCUACUAUAUCCACGAUGAGUCGCGACAGUGUUCAAAGUGGUGACUCCGAAUUUCUGUCCAUCAUUCAACAACAGCAAGAUGAAGACGAGCAACAGCAAAUGAAACUAUCUCGAAGUGUAUCUAACCGGCCAAAUUAUUUCAUUCCCAAGCAGUACAUUUUGACACAAAAAGUGCUAGGCCGCGGCGAGUUCGGUUACGUGUAUCAGGGAUCAUUGAUGCCGUUUCAAUUAGAGCCAGGCACGGAUCAAAUUAUGCCAGGUUCAGAAGAUCCUGGGGAAUUCACGCCAAUUGCUAUUAAACAACUUGUCGAGAGUCAAGGGAAGCGCAACCGGGCAGACUUUUUACGCGAAGCUAGCGUUAUGAUACGACUGAGACAUCACUGCAUUGUAAAACUUAUUGGAAUCUGCAAAGGUCCACCGCUGAUGAUGAUCGAGGAAUUGGUGCCACUAGGAUCGAUGUUGGAUUAUAUCAUUGCUAACAAGACGACCCUCAACCCGAAGCAUGAACUGAUCAUCUGGGCAGCGCAGAUCGCUUGUGGCAUGCAAUACCUUGAACAGCAUCACUUCGUACACCGGGAUCUGGCGGCAAGAAACAUUUUACUUGCUUCUCGCUAUCAAGCCAAAAUAUCCGACUUUGGACUAUCGCGUGCCAUCGGUGCGGGAGACGAUUAUUACCGAGCCAGUCAAGGUGGCAAGUGGCCAAUCAAAUGGUACGCUCCGGAAAGUUUCAACUACGGCACCUUUUCCCAUGCCAGUGACGUGUGGUCUUUCGGUGUCACAAUGUGGGAAAUGUAUUCUCUGGGUCAACCGCCCUAUCACGAUAUGAAGGGGGUCGAUGUUAUCAAGCUGAUUGAGAAUAACCAACGUCUAUCGCAGCCGGAGCUUUGCCCGAAUAAGGUGUUCACUAUUGUGAAAAGUUGCUGGAAUUAUAAUCCAAAAAAUAGGCCUACAUUUAAAUUUCUUACCCGCUUCUUUACCGAUGAUAUAGAGUACCAGAAUAUUCAGGAACUGGUUCAAAGUGGAAGAGAAAUCAAUGCUAAUCAGUAAGUGAUAAACUGGCAAAUGUAAGAUUUACAAAAGGAACAUUUGAACGUAUUAUAUAUGCAUUGAUUUUGUCAAUGGUUUUCUUUUGUCCAAAUUAUCAUACAGGGCUGUUGUGGAUAGAGAAGGGCACAAUCCAUUUAUUGUUAUUCAUACUUUAUUUCUUAAGUAUUCUUUUUUAACCAUUCGUAUUUUGUGUUUUAGUCAAUAUUUAUUUGCCAUUGAUGUGACUGCUCGUACUCUACUAAAAUAUAAUUUAUAAAUGUUAUACCUCUUUUAUUUAUACUGUUAUGUGUAUCAUUCCUCUUUUAUAAUAACAAGCAAUGUAGUUUCACAUUCAGCAAAGUAGAACUUCUAUGAAUUUGUAAUCUGGUGUGUCAUGAGAAUGAAACGAACAGCCUAAAAACUUUGUCAAAUAAUUUAAGUGCCUUCAAGAUUUUAAACUGAGUCUAGUUUUGCAAAUAUUUGAAUUAUUACUAUUGGUUUAAUAUUACAAUAAUAACAAUGUGCUAUAAUAGUUAGUGAAACCUUUCAACCAUACACAACUGAUCGACUAUACUAAUAUAUGUACGUGAAUCAAAUUCAAUAAAAAUCCUAUGCAUUCUGUUUGCAAUGAAUGUCCGAAA